GGUCCAAUAUUUGGUAAUGUCUGGCAACUACAAGACAGGUAUAAGAGUUUAAGUUCUACACAAAAGCAGUCAGUACACCUCUUGGUACUCUAACACCUGAGCAUGUUGACAAGAGUUGUGUUGGCGUUGUGUUGCGUGGCGGCGGCCCUGGCGGACACGCCGGCCAACUGCCUUUACGAGGACGUCCGCGGCACCUGGACCUUCUCGGAGACGGAACGGACAGGCGACCACACCAUCAACUGUGACGAGCUCGGCCCCAUCGCCCACACCAAGACCUUCACCCUCAGCUUCCCCAACGUCGCCAAAGAUGAGCUGAACAACGAGGGAACCUGGACCAUGAUCUACAACCAGGGCUUCGAGGUAAACAUCAACGAGCGCUCCUACUUCGCCUUCUCCUACUACGAGGGCGACAUGGACUCUGCGGUGUCCUACUGUGACCGCACCUUCAACGGCUGGUCACGAGACAAGACCGUCAGGAACUGGUCCUGCUACACAGCCCAGAAGCACAACACGACGACUCCCCGUAUGACCCACAACCUGAAGAAGGCAUCGUCGACACAGCUCUACAAGAACGACCACAAAAUGAUAGAGGAGAUCAACGCCUCUCAGAGCUCGUGGUGGGCCAAGGCCUACCCCCAGCACGAGAGAUAUACCGUAGAAGAGAUGAUCAAACGUGCUGGCGGCCAUAGAUUCAGUCUACCCAAGCCGGCACCAGCCACCCAGGAGCAGAAGGAUCGUGUUAGACUUCUGCCUGAAAACUUCGACUGGCGUGACGUUGAUGGCGUAGACUUCGUGUCUGACGUGGGGGAUCAGGCAGCAUGUGGCUCCUGUUACAUCUUCGCCUCCAUGGGUAUGCUGGAGGCCAGGGUGAGGAUCGCCACCCGCAACCAACGACAAGACGUCUUCUCCCCACAAGAUGUUUUGUCGUGCUCGGUGUUGUCUCAGGGUUGUGAUGGCGGCUUCCCUUACCUGAUCGCUGGCCGCUACGCCCAGGAGCAGGGCGUCGUGGCAGAGGAGUGCAACCCUUAUACAGCUAAGGAUGAAGAAUGCGACACGGACAUGAGCUGUUCACGCACCUACGUCAGUGAGUAUGAAUAUGUGGGCGGCUACUACGGCGCCUGCAACGAGGAGCUCAUGAUGUUGGCCCUGGUGGAGACUGGUCCCUUGACCGUGGCUUUUGAGGUCUACGACGACUUCCAUGGCUACAGCGGCGGCAUUUACCACCACACGGACUCUGGCAACGGCUUUAACCCUCUGGAGGUGGUGAACCACGCGGUGCUGUUGGUGGGCUAUGGUGUAGAAGCUGAAACGGGGGAGAAGUUCUGGUCGGUGAAGAACUCCUGGGGCGGCAGCUGGGGAGAGGAAGGCUACUUCAGGAUCAGGCGAGGCACCGACGAGUGUGGUAUGGAGUCUGCAGCCUUCGGGGCCACCAUCAUCCCCUGAGCUGGGAGUGUCUACGGCAGUCCUCUCAGAAGGUCAAUAUAACAUUUGGCUUUA